AUGACGGACAGCUUUUCAGUGGCCAUCAAACACAUCCUGAAAGAAGAUGUGGAGCAUGCACAAGUGGUCUUAAAUGGGAAGACCUCCAUGGUCCCACUGGAGGUUCUCCUCAUGACCAAAGUGGAAGGUGGACCAGCCUCAGUAGGCCCUUCUGCAGCAGUCUCUCUUCUAGACUGGUAUGACCUAGAGCAGGAGGUCCUUCUGGUCAUGGAAAGACCAUUCCCAUGUGUGAGUCUGCUGAAGUAUAUGGAGAACAGUGGACCCCUGAAGGAGGAUGUUGCUAAGGACAUCAUGAAGCAGCUGGUGGAUGCAGCCAUAACAAUGCACACCAAAGGCAUCUUCCACGGUAACAUCAAGGCCGAAAACCUGCUCCUUGAAACCGGCUCCAGUGACCCUCAAGUGCGGGUCAUCGACUUUGGAUGUGGCUGCUUGGUACAGGAAGAGCCAUACUUCAUCUUCUCUGGAACCUCAGCGUACGCCCCUCCAGAGUUGUUAACAUGCGGGAGGUAUGAGGCUGCCCCCACCACAGUAUGGCAGCUGGAUGCUCUGCUUUAUAAAAUGCUGGAUGCAGAGCAAUAUUUUUCCACCUUUGAGUUCCUUCGUGGAAGAAUUCAUUUCAACAAAGACCUCUCCCAAGGCUGCCAGAAAUUUUUGGAGCAGUGUUUAGCUACAAACCCAAAUCAGCGGGCCACCUUAGAGCAGAUUCAGCAGCACCCCUGGCUGCAGAAUCAAACUCACGUCAAACCUUAA